AUGGCUGUAGAUCGCGACAGUAUUGUUUCACGGUCGAUGGACGAGAACACCUGUCUCUUGCACGACGAGGCCGGAUCAGGCCUGAACACACCUCCUGACCACAAUGAUACAAACAAGCGGCCGGCCGAGCUCGACAGACCCUUACCUAAGCUGCAAAUUUUCCUGCUCUCCGCAAGCCGGCUUGUCGAGCCUGUCGCAUGCUUCGUCAUUUUCCCAUUCAUCAAUCAAAUGAUCUACGAGACCGGUGUGCCCAUCGAGGAUGUGGGAUUCUACAGUGGUCUCAUAGAGUCUUUGUUCUCUCUCACCCAAAUGAUCUUGAUGAUUCCUUGGGGAAAGGCUGCAGACUGCUAUGGUCGAAAGCCUGUGCUGGUGGUCUCUUUGAUGGGCUUGGGAGUCUUCACGGCCCUCUUCGGGUUGUCUCAAAAUCUGUGGCAGAUGAUUCUGCUGCGCUCACUGUCUGGCAUGUUUGGUGGGAUGCUCAUAACAGUGCGCACAAUGAUCUCCGAGAAUAGCACACCCAAGACGCAAGCCCGUGCCUUUGCCUUCUUCUCCUUCGCAGGAAACCUUGGUAUUCUCCUUGGCCCGGCAAUAGGAGGAGUCCUUUCCAAUCCGGCGACGGAAUAUCCCAGGCUGUUCGGAAACUUUACUUUAUUCAAAGAAUACCCUUAUCUUCUCCCUACGCUUGUUGGUGGAUGUGUUGCAGCUAUAACCUCGAUAACAUGCGCAGUCUUCAUCCAAGAGACGCUUCCAAAGGACGACGGCAUUCUCGGGGCUCCAUCAUCAUACAACACAAAACAGCCAAGAAUCUCGACGUGGAGUCUCCUCCGGUAUCCCGGGAUUCUGGUUGUGCUCUGUGUGUACAACUACGCUUACUUCCUGGGCAACGCGUGCUCGGCUACUCUUCCAGUCUACUUCUUCACUCCCGUGAAGAUGGGAGGGUUCGGUUUUUCGCCGUACCAAAUAUCCGUCUACUUUUGCAUUGCGGGAUUUGCUCAAGCAUUGUGGCAACUUAUCGUAUUCCCGUACCUUCAGCAUCGAUUCGGCACGAUUCGAGUGAUUCAGGCUUCGGCUGGUUGUUGGCCCGUGUAUUUCAUCUCAUUUCCAAUAGGUAACAUACUCCUCCGCCAUCAUCUCGAAAGGGUUUUCUGGCCAGUUGGCUCCAUCUUUGUUGUCCUCUUGAGCGGCAUCGCCAUGUCCUAUACGGCUGUUCAGCUCGCUUUGAACGACAUUUCGCCUUCUCCCACAACAUUAAGUACAAUCAACGCCCUAGCGCUCAUGGUUACUAGUGGACUUCGGGCUGUAUCUCCGGGUACUUUCUCCAGCCUGGUUGCCGUGGGUAUCAAAGGGCACAUACUAAAUGGACAACUCAUCUGGGCGGUUCUGUUGCCUCUGGGUAUAAUCUUCGCCGUGAUGACAAAAUUCCUGCCAAAGGGCUGCGAGAAGCCUGUGGAAGGAUGA